AAUAUGGCCGCGUGGGUUAAGAAGUGUAGUUGUAGUAAUGGGGUGGUAGGAGACUGAACGUAGGUGUGUCACGCUAGUGGUUCGGCAAUAAUGCCGAUGAAGUACUGCCGCUUCGAUUGUUGUGUGUAUGAUCGUAUCUGCAAUGAAGCGUUAACAGCCCCGUGUGUCAGUUCUAGAUAAUAUAAAUAGCUGCAUGAUCUGUAAAAUAUAGAUAUUCAUUCCGUUAGUGUUGUAGUCCGAAACUGCUCAGUUUCUUGUUUUCCGCUAAUAUUUACCACUCUUUGCCGGUGCUUCCGAAUAAGCAACCAUGUGGAAUAUGAUGUGUGAUGUGAUGCCGACAAUUUCGGAGGACAGUAUCAGUCAGAGAAGUUCGCAAUUCUCUGGAGAAGAUGCGAACUUCGAACAGCUUAUGGUUUCAAUGUUGGAUGAACGGGACAAGCUUAUGGACAGUCUACGGGAAGCUCAAGAAAGGCUGUGUGAAACAGAAGCAAAACUUCAAGAAGUAGAAAAAGAGCGGGACUCUCUUCAGCGACAGAUCUCAGCAAACCUUCCUCAGGAGUUCGCCACCCUUACUAAAGAGCUGAACCAAGCUAGAGAGCAUCUCUUGGAACGCGAUGAAGAAAUAGCUGAGCUAAAAGCCGAGCGCAACAACACACGGCUGCUGCUGGAGCACCUGGAGUGCCUGGUGUCGCGGCACGAGCGCUCGCUGAGGAUGACGGUGGUGAAGCGCCAGGCGGCGGCGCAGUCCGGCGUCUCCAGCGAGGUCGAGGUGCUCAAGGCGCUCAAGAGCCUCUUCGAGCACCACAAAGCGCUCGACGAGAAGGUUAGAGAACGACUGCGGGUUGCUCUGGAGAGGGUGGCAGCCCUUGAGGAGGAGCUUUCAACUACCAAAGAAGAAUUACAGCAGUACAAAUUAGGUCGUGUUCCAGCUGAUGAGAGUAGUAGACCAAAGGAAAAUGGUCAACAGGAUGAAGAACAUAAGGGUGAUCAAGCAACAGCCCAUGCUGCCCUUACUAAGCGUCUCUCUAAUGGUGCCAUCGAACCUGAUUCUGAUGUGGCACGUGUUCUUGAGCUGCAGAAUACAGUAGAUAAACAG